UGUCUGGAGAAGGCCUGUCAAGUGACUGUUGAUCGUACACUUUUCUAUCGUUUUUAUCAAUAACAAUUAUGGAUCCCGCGGUCUUCCCGGAGGAAAUUUGGAUUAAGAUUUUAUUAUAUUGCGACGUACCUGACAUUAUCGCGUUCGGCAGCACCUGCAAAUAUCUGAGGAAAACAUCAGACACGGAUUACCUUUGGAAGAUGAAAUGGUUGCAGCUGAUCUCAAAGGUGCACUUUAGAUUCCCAGACAUAAAAUGUUUGCAAUUGCUCAGCGUCAGCUUCAAAGCCAUGUGCUACAGAUUGCACAUGGUGAUAACGUUAGGGGAGAAUGUACCUUUCCCAAAGUGUUAUCACUGCAGUGGUUACACAUGUCAGAGAAAUUGCGUCGAGGGCUCCAGUGCCAAGGUGGUAAUUGAGAUCGGUAAUAAGUACACCUGGGUCAUCACCCCAUACUUCGGGCUGAGAAGACACUUCUCCAUGUUCGGUAUUCCUAAGUACAACAAUAAAACUCACGUGGAACAGAUGCAGACUCAGAACGUUCCGAGCAGCAGUACCCGCUCCAAGUCUGACACAAAAUCAUUAGCGAAGAGAUUGAAACUGUUGAAGCUGCCAGAAUUGGCAACUACUAAGAUACCACGGCCAAGUGGGCCGUUCUGCGUUUUCUGCAAUCCCGUGAAAUUGUACAGGGAGAAACGAAGAUUAACCACACAUCAGAAUGAUCCGAUGUGUUAUACCAGGCCAAAUCCAAUAUAUCAGAAGCUUAUAAAUGGUUAUUGUACCGACACAGUGGAAGUGCUCGGUAUUCCAAAUGUGGAUGUUGUGAGCCCGGCAGAGGCCUUGCUGUGUGAAGGCACGUUCCCAGUUCUCAAAACUUUUAUUGAUCACUUGUUCCACCAGAUGAGCUUGACUGCGACACUUAGAAAGCCAAACACAGUACUCAUGUUUUGCGAACCAUUAGCAAUGCAUCCCACAUUGAGAAAGCAGUUAUUACAUUAUUUAUUCCAGGAAGUUAAAGUCGCAAGAGUAUGUUUAGUACCGAAGCCUCUAGCAGCGUGUGCCAUGUUGGAUGUAGAAACCUGUGUAGUAGUCGAUAGCGGUGCUUUGAGUACAACAGUGGCUGUUGUAAUUGGAGGACGGGUUAUGCCACAGCGAUGGAGACUAUUGCCUGUGGGUGGAUGGCAUGUUGCUUAUCACUUGAAACAGGCUAUGUAUUGGCAACCGAAAGAAUAUCAUCAAAUUCCUAUAUCCUACCUAGACAUUUUGGCUGUUAAAGAAAGAUGUAGGCUGAGUUAUAAUAUUAAGAACGAAGAGAAACGUCUGGGACAGAAGGCAAGGGAGCACAUUAAUCUUCGAGUUGAUAGCUAUGCGGACUAUAAGCAAUUUUGGAGAGUCUCAUUAGGGCCAGAAUUAUACAUAGCCCCUGAAAUGAUGUAUAUCAGUCUACGUUUGCCCGAAGUUAUAAAGGAUGUAACAUCAGGAUUACCGGAAGAUAUAAUGCAUGAUUGUCUUUCACAUAUUUUACUUACUGGUGGAAAUACAGAUCUUUCGGGUUUCGAACUGAGACUUACCAAAGAUUUAUGUGAGCUAUUGCCGGAGUAUAGCAAGAUUUUAGAAGUGAAAAGUUGUCCUGGUACACACAGUUGGAAUGUCGCAAUGGGAUCUACAUAUGUGCCUUUAGCUGUGCAUCCUGAUAAAACUCCACCGGAAUAUAUUGAAGGUAAUCCAUUUUGGCUGUCACGAGAAGAAUACGUACUAUUUGGAUGUGAAUCUUUGGAACACAGUAAUGAAGAUAUAAUAAGUGAGGCCUUAUAAUAUGAAUGCUUCACUUAUUAUAUAACCAGUAUGAUGUACGGAUGUAAUGCAUGAUAACAGGAAAGUAAAUGUUACCAUCAUUAAGUA